AUGAAAGAUUUAGGAGAUUUGGGUUACUUUUUGGGUAUUGAAGUUGUUAGGGAUUCAGAUUAUAUUUUAUUGACACAAAAGAAGUAUACUUUAGAGCUACUCGCAAAAGCCAAUAUGCUAGACAGCAAACCUUGUGAUACACCUGUUGUGAAAGGUAAAAGGGUCGCAAUACAUGAUGGUAAUAAAUUAGAAGAUGCUAGUGAAUACAAAACUAUUGUUGGUAGUUUGCAGUAUUUAACAACAACAAGGCCUGAUAUUUGUUAUGGGGUGAACUAUGUUUCACAAUUUAUGCACUCUGUAGCUUAUGUUCAUAUGAAAUUAGUUAACAGGAUUCUCAGAUAUUUGAAAGGGACACUUGGUCUAGGAAUUACUUUAAGAAGAGAUAGUUUACAAGAAUUGAAAGCUUAUACUGAUUCAGACUGGGCAGGUUGUCCAGAUACAAGAAGGUCAACUUCAGGAUAUGUUAUUUUUCUUCGUACAAAUCUGAUAUCAUGGUCAUCUAAGAAGCAGCCUACUGUUUCAAAGUCAUCAGCAGAGGCUGAGUACAAAUGUUUAUUUGUAGCAUCAGCAGAGUGA